AUGAGCGACACAGAGGCAUCCUCACCAGAACAAUCUGGCAGCCAAAUAUCUACAUGUAUUGACGAACAAGAUGAAGAUGACUCGUCGGUGCUGUCUUCCUUUGCCAACAAUGGGUAUACCACUGAAAAUUCGGACCCGCUACAACCUCGCAACAGCUUGACCAAGGCGUGUUCUUGUGGUUGUCGAGAGGAGCGGAAGGAAACUACUCCCAAAAAGGGUGUUGCAAGAGCUCCACAACAACAAAUACCACCAGGUGUGAAACAGAGGAGACAACAACAACAACAACAAUUCGCAUCAACACAUCGAUCACAAUUCCGCAGGAACAUUAGCAACAUCUCUCAGCUGGGCGGGGAACCCGUGGUGGUCUUGGGAAUGGACAUUAGUCACCUCAGUGGUCCCUACCAGUUUUGCGUCUGCGCCGCCGGUGUGUUUGGAUUCAAUUUAUCCUUUGGAUACCUGCAGGAAUUUGUUUCGGUGGAAAUUUGCAAUCGAAAUCUGGGACUUUUUCUUGCCAUGAUUCAAUUUGCGGGCUAUACGGCCUUGAGUUAUGGAAUGAGGACUCUGGUGAAUCAUAGGGAAGCCAAAGCAGCGCGGGUCAAGCAUUCCCAUCCAAAAGUACCCGUUCACAUGUAUAUCGGCUUGGGAGUGCUCAGUGCCAUUGAUAUGGCCAUGACCAACAUGGCCAUGCACUACAUUAACUACCCUGCCAAGACAUUGAUGAAAAGCAGCCGUGUGGUUUUUACCAUGAUCUUUGGUGUAUUGAUGGCUGGAAAGCGAUAUAGACUGGUGGAUUAUCUGGUCGUACUCUGCAUGGUGGCAGGUCUUGCCAUCUUUAUGCAGGCAGAUGCUACUUCCAAUGCCAUUUUCGAACCGCUUGGAGUUAUCAUGCUGACCAUCAGUCUGUUGUGUGAUGGAGCAACCAACAUUAUGAGUGAGACUAUCAUGAAGAACUACGGUGUCGGACAAGAUGAAUUAAUCUUUCGCAUGUACUCGCUGGCGCUCAUCGCAGUGACGGCGACCGCCAUGUUUUUUGGUGACUUGCGCAUCGGCAUGCUGUGGCUCUCCCGACCCGGAACCUACGACGAAUGGACUGCUGGCGUAGCAGAAGAGGAAAUCACCUGGGAUGUCGUGGGCAAAGUCACAAUGAUUGUACUCUUUAGCAGCAUGGGCUUUUUUGGAAGCUCCUGCAGUGCCGCUAUUACCAAGAAUUUUGGAGCACUGACCAUGUCCAUGACAUCUACUGUGAGACGGGCAGCUACAUUAUUCAUCUCCUUCUUCCUGUUUGACAAUGAGUGCACAUAUGAGCACAUUUUUGGUGUUGUCGUAUUCAUUACAGCCUUGACGACAAAGAGCUUUAUGGGUAAGAAAAAGGCACCGAAAACAAAAGUACCUCUGUCCCCUCCGCCGAAACCGCUCAAGGACUUGGAGGGGCAGAUGGGGGAGGAAGACGCACUCACAUUUGGCGGUUCCAAAGGAAACGCAUCGAGUAGACGAAAGCAACAAAGAAUACGAUCGAAAGGGCAACAAGCACGCUCGUAUCGCAUCUCCGGGCGACGAGCAUGA